UGUCUUGAACAACGGUUUAGUGAAAGCGAUUUCUUUUACUAUACAAAUACUUAAGAUUUAAGAACAUUUACCUUCAAAAGGAAUACUUUGGUGUUUGUUUGGACUGUAGAAAGAGGGAUGAAUUCGAAAAUUAUUAUUUUUGUUCCAUGAAAUUAUAUUAAAGUAGCAUUGCUAACGGUGGUGCCGUUGCCUUCCAAUGGACUCCGACAUUUCAUCUGAAAAUCUGCAAACCAUGGCGAGUAUCGAUAUUGAGGCAGAAUCUACCGACAAUGAUCUUGAAGUUUCUGAUAAAUUAGAUACAUUUCCCUGUCUAGAGUGUGGAAAAGUCUAUAAAGCUUACUCAAGUCUUAUGAGACAUGUCAGGGUCAAGCAUUCAUUUGGUACUGGCUUCAGUUGUAAAUUCUGCAGCGAAUCCUUUGCAUCAAAUACAAUACUUGCUGAUCACAUUCGAAAUAAUCACGCCGACAAUCCAGACAUCAUCAAAUGUUUCAUAUGUGAUAAGAUAUUUGCUAACAAGACAUCUUAUCAACAACACCUGAAGAUACACAGGACCGAUCGUCCACAUGUAUGUAGUACUUGUGGCAAUACAUACAAAACAAAACCAGACUUGAACCAUCAUGAGCAAUCCCACAGUACAGUAAGACCACAUGCAUGCGAGCAAUGUGGAAAAGCUUUCAUUCGACCUCGAGAUUUACAACGCCAUAUUAGAACACAUUCAGAUGUAAAACCAUUUCAAUGCAAUGAAUGUAGUAAGUCAUUCCGUACCAAGGGACAGCUCAAUACCCAUUCUAAGUUUCAUACAAAUCCAAAUGAAUAUGAAUGCUUCAUAUGCGAGAAGAAGUUUACUCUGAAACAUGCCCUCAAACGACAUUUGGUAUCACACAGACAAAAAAAACAAUUCCCUUGUUCACAGUGUGAUAAAGCCUAUCAUUUUGCCUUCAGACUUAAGGAUCACGUGAGAAGAGAACAUGAUAAGGAGCGAAACUUUGAAUGUGAUGUUUGUAAGAAAAAAUUUGGGAGUCGGGAAAAUCUCAAGAUACACUAUAGGAUCCAUACUGGUGAAAAUCCAUUCAAAUGCUCUUUUUGUGACAAGACAUUUAAUCAACUGUCAAACAAAGCACGGCAUGAACUGACACAUGAUGAAAAUAAGCCAUACAAGUGUAGUGCAUGCAAUAAAACAUUUUACAAGGAGUGUGACUUAAAACAACAUGAAAGAAUUCACAAUUAUCCGGAUUGCAAACCUUACAAGUGUCCAAAAUGUGACAAACGAUUUGUAUCUUCACAAGGAUUAAAUUAUCACAUAACUCGAGAUCACAAUGGAAAAAGGUAUCCAUGUACAUUGUGCAAUAAGUCAUUCUCCAUUGUAGCUAACCUUAAUCAACACAUGAAAUCACAUGAAGUAAGCUGUACUCAACCAUCCCUUGAUGGCAACAGUAAUCCCUCAACAGAAAGAGAAAAUGAAACUGUUGUUGCAAGACAGCCACUUGCAUUGAGUGGCAAACAGAACAACACAGAAAGUGCUAUUGAAAAUGGAACAAACAGUAUGCAAUUAAUGCAAAAUGUAGAAGCUUCCCGACCACAGUACUUUUGUUCAGAAUGUGGUCUGAGCUUUUACCGUGAGGAAAACAGAAAUAGACACAUGACCAAAGUUCAUGUAAAAACAAUCAAAUGUGAGUUAUGCAAACAAGGAUUCAAGACUCAGCAAGAGCUUAAUACACAUAUACCAGAAUGUUCUGGUUUCACAGAAUCAGAGUUCUUCUGCACCAUAUGUGAACAUGUGUUCUCAUGUAAAGCCAGUUUUAGGCGACAUAUGGGGAUCCACACUGAUGCUGUGCCUGUAUCAUGCACAGAAUGUGGUAAGGUGUUUCGAAAUGAGAAGCUUUUGAAGAGACAUCUUAUUGUUCAUUCUGAGAAUAGACCGUUCCAAUGCAGAAACUGUGAUAAAGCUUUUCGACGUAGUGAUGACCUAUUAAAGCAUGAACGUGUUCAUAGUGGAGAAACACCUUACAAAUGCAGAUACUGUGGCAAAGCGUUUAAACAGAGCAAUAACUGCGAACGACACGAACAAACUCAUGGCACUAACAAACGCUUUAAAUGUGAUGAAUGCGAAAAGAAUUUCACUUCUGGAUACGAAUUACGAAAACACAAGUUGAUUCAUGAACAACCAGACGUCAAACGCUUUCAAUGCCAUCUGUGCCCGAGAAAAUAUACACGCGAAAAGAUUUUAAAGGCUCACAUCAAAAAAGCACAUACCCAUCCCAAGCAUGUAUGUGACACUUGUGCAAGCAGGUUUGCGACCCUUCGUGAACUAAAAAAGCAUCAGAAAUCACAUUUUGACGAAAGCGUCAUUCCACAAACAAAAACUUCAGUAAGUAAACGAAGUAGGAUUCAAACAAAUAAAAGGAAAAGUGAAAAUCUGGUGGAGCAGCACAUUUCUAAAGGUAGAGGUGAUGAAGGAGGUGAGGUUCAGAUGGAUGAAGGGAAUAAUGAAGACCAUGAUGAUGGGAAGAAUUCUUCUAGACAUAGAGGUUAUGAAGAGCAUGUAGUCCAAGAGAAUGGAGUGUGUGGUAGGCAUGACAAGGAGAACUUGGAAGGAUCCAUUUCUGUUGAUAAAUCUCAAAUAGAUAGUGACGUAAACAAAGUGAAGCAUGAAGAUGAUCAUCAGAUAGAGAAUGGCGAGCUUAUCAUUGAGGUCGAGAUGGUAGAAGAUGGAAAAGAUCAAGGAGAAAUGGAAGAAAUGAAUGAAAAAUGGGAAAAUGAUGGGGCUUGUGAUGAGGUUAGGCAGGUGGUUGUUUUUAUGGAACAAAUUGAAAAUGGUAACGGCGAUUGCGCUAUAUCCAGCGCUCAUGGUGAUCAUUGGGGUACAACAGGGAACGUGCAUGAUAAACAGGAUGAAAUUGGGAACUUAGAGAAAACAGUUGACGCAAACGAGACCAUUGAUUUAACAAAUGGGCACGAAGAAUGCGUUGGACAAAAAUAUAUGGAUAUUCGAGAGAAUUCUAUGAUGGGGAAUCAUGUGACAAUGAAUAGCAUCAACAAGGAUUGUGCCGAUAAAGAAAGACAAAAAAUGUGUGGAAAUGACGACGCAAGCAAUCGCAUCGCGAAACAUCACUGUGAUCCAAACCAUAAAGAUGGCGGUGAUGUCGGCAAAUAUCGUUGCCAGGAAUGUAAGAAAGUUUUUAAGACGGAGAAGAAGUUGUGGUCACACAAGGCAAAGGUUCAUAAUAUCAUUGAAAGUUCAUCGGAGGAAAGUGACACGGAACAGAUCGAGGAAGAAAACAAAUAUCUCAUCAAAGGGUAAAGAUAGAUACACGAAGUACCACUAAUGCUCAUUGUUGCUCAGCCAAAGAGGCUUAUGGUAAUUCAGAACGAAGCAAUAAUGAACAUGUGAGGAUAGAUAUGAAUGACAGUAGUAUUGAUAAUGUGGACGGAGAAUAAUGAACAUGUGAGGAUAGAUACAAACGGCGAUGGUGCUGACUGUAUAUGUCAGCGAAUAAAUAUUUGUUCAAAGUAGAAUUACUAACUGGUUCGAAUCUCUAAAGAGGUCGUUGUUCAUAGUUUUUGAGGAAACCGUAUGGAGUAGUUUUCUGUUGCAAAAUACACAUAUUUGAAAAUA